AGAAGGGAGUGGUACGUCAAAACUGACGCACAUCGUAUAAAUAUUAGUUUUAAAACGAUUUUUCUAUUAAAAAAACUAAAUUAAGAUCCAGUAAAAGUGUUAAUUCAGUUCGUACAUUUGAUAGUUUUCCGUUGUAUUCGAUUAAAACACAAAAAUACCGAAUCAAAAUAUGGUAAAAUUUCCAUUUUCAUUGGGGUUACAUCAAUGUGUAUUCUAAAGUGUUAACGUGAACUCAUUUCUUUUUUAUACCCUGUGAUAAGUAUCUUUCGCUAUACUUUGCUAUAUAGAAAAAAGGGAAAAAAAUACAGCAUGGCCGCCGGCACUCCUGGCACUGUGCACCAUCAAUUGGACCGUUCAUCAGAAUAGAAAGUAUAUUUUUAGAAUGAAGUGCAGCAAUACUUUAUUUUAAACUGAAAUUUAUUUGCCGCAUUGCCACCAUUUUGUGCUACUUGACAUUUAUAUUCAAUCGGACAUUUACGUUUAUGUGCUUUAAUAAAAGCUCGAUAUGGUUUAACCAUUUAUACAGUUAUUGUGACUGGAUACAACUUACAACAUACCAAUCUCUAACAAGUGUCAAAAACAAUCCAUCAACUCAUAAUAGCAAAAAAAAAACACUUGUUCAUCAGUAAGAGAAUAUAAUAUACCUGUGGAUUGACUUGUGUAGUAGUCAUGUCUACCGUUUGAUGGCACAUUACAAUCCAUUCAGCUACUUGUUGCGCCAUUUUUUCGGGAUAUUUUCAUGAUUGUAUUUGGUAUUAUGAAAAGUAAUUGCACGACGGCAUAAUAUUUUCAUAAUUUUAAUUAAUUUGCAAUUAUACUUUCCUGUCGCUCUGUGUUUAAAAAAAAAGCAAAACAAAACAAAAAAUUAAUUUAACACAAACUCAUAAACAUUAUCGAUCGAACCAGAAAACAUUUCAGUGUGUGUUACACGUUGUAUAAUAUAACUGAAUGUCUAUAGUUGAUGGGUGAGGGUAUUGUGGUACAACAACCACCCUCAAAUGUUAGCAUAAAUAUAUCCAUGCAUGUAUGUAUGUAUAUGUUACGUACCCCCUUAUUAUUCAUAUACAUGAAUGUUUUGAUAUAAGCAAUUUAAAUUUAUAUUUUUAAAAUAAUUUACGGGCGAGAUGUGCGUGUGAUGUAAAUAAAUAAAAUAAAUCAAAUAAAACAUAAUUAAUUUAAAUAUUUAAAUCUAUAAGAAAAUCAUAUACAACGAAAGCAAUAACCAUCCUGUGACAAAAGAAAGACAAAGCAAAAAAGAAAGUUUUCUUCUAUGCCCAAAAGAUAAAAAUUAAAAAAGAAAGGAACGCAAACCAAAUGCAAAUUUACUCCAACAAAGUGAUACUACGAUUAAUGGUACUAAUUUAAACAAAAAAUUUUGGUCAACUAAAAAUGCCUCAACGCAUCUGCUCGAGAAAAGCUCCAUUGCUAAAAGCAAAUCCAAAACGUACGUCAAAGAAAAAUGUGAACUUAUCUUUGAACGGAUCGGCAAACAGCUUGAAUGGCUUGAAGCUGUCCACUCCCUCAACUAUUUUUACCAAAGUGGAGCCCAGUGAAACCACUGACGGUAAAUGGAAAGUACCACCCAAGAAAAUGCGUAGCACAGGACAUGGAAAAUUCAGAGAAACGCAGCAUCUGACGCGCCAGAAGAAUGCGUCACAAAUGUAUGACGAUGAUAAUUACGGAAAUUCUGUUGACGUUCCAUCUGUAACUUCCAAUCUAACUGAUCAAAAUUCAGUAGAAUAUGCGACAAAUGGAUCCAAGGACAAUAUAGUAUUCUACACAAUAUCUCAGCCAAGUAAAAUCAAAGACAAACAGCCGUUUUACAAACAUCAUGACGUCAAAACGACCAUAAGUGGUCACAACGCAAACAUAUCAAAUAUUAAAGAUACCAAAAGCUUCCAAUCGCAGACUUCAAUCAAACAUUCAACUCAGUCGGGCCCACAGAAUGAAGUAUUUCGGGAACGAAGCAUCGAAGAAACUGAAGCUGCUCACGAUUUAUUGUCAUUAUCUCAAAGUCUACCACCGCUUCCGGCACCCUGUGUUGUAACAAUACUCAAUCCGGACCAGAACUAUGAUCCUAACGUCAACGAGAUAUCGACCAGUUACGUUACGUACAAUAAUCAAAAUAAUACUCGUAGCACCAUCGAAAUUCAUUACAAAAUUGACAAAGUUCAUGAAAGUGCAUCGCAUUCGAGUCAUCCCCAAUUAACGUAUUCCAAUGACAAUAAUCAAUCACGAGAAAAUGUGUCACCACUGACGCCACCAGCAUCCGAAUCGUCAUCUGAUACAGAGCAAAGUAGUUCAUACAUGUCCGAAUCUUCCAACAGUACAAAAUCGGUGAAAAGAAAAUCGAAAAAUACCAAAUUAAACCGCAACGGCGAGGCAAAGGUAUAUGCAAUGACAAUAUUCGAUUCCGUUAUGAUAAAUGAUGGUCGAACAAAGAAGGGUAACGGAGAAGCCGAAAUAAUUCAUGUUGAAGAAAAGCGGCAGGGAAGAUACAAAUGCCCAUUGUGUGAUAAACAAUAUGCUACGUCGAGUAACUUAAGUCGACACAAGCAAACCCAUAGAAGUCUCGAUUCACAAUCAGCUAAAAAGUGUCACACAUGUGGCAAAGCAUAUGUGUCCAUGCCCGCCUUAGCAAUGCAUCUACUCACACAUAAACUUACUCAUAGCUGUGCUGUUUGCGGUAAACUAUUCUCUCGGCCGUGGUUACUUCAAGGGCAUCUUCGGUCGCAUAGUGGCGAAAAACCGUAUGGAUGUGCCCAUUGUGGCAAGGCAUUCGCGGAUCGAUCGAAUUUGCGUGCUCAUAUGCAAACCCAUUCCAUAAAUAAACAAUACGAGUGUACUAGGUGCCGGAAGUCGUUUGCAUUGAAAAGUUAUUUGAAUAAACACUUGGAAUCGUCGUGUCUACGGGAUGAGUUUAAAAAAUAUUUUGAAGAUGGUGAAGUUCAGCGCACGGACGACGAUGAUAAUUUUGACGAAGAUGAAGAUAUUAUCGUCACGUAACUGAGAUAUGAUUGCAGCAACAACCCAUAUGAUGCUAAAUGCAAUUCGAAAAGCAAUACCUUGAAGAUAUUUUGGAUGAAAUUAAGUAAGCAAAUUAUUGUAUAGAGAGAGAGCUUAGACACACCCCCUUUUGUAGUAAAAAUUAAUUUAGAAAUUAUUUAUAAAUAGAGAAAACUAAAUAUAUUUUCAUAAAAAUUAAAUAUAAAAUUAACAAAAAAAAAUAAAUAUUUAAGCUGACGUAGGAUGGAGUAUUGUGCAACGAAUAUAGUAAAGACGUUUAGACGGUCUUUUAGGAAUAUUUAAAUUUUUAAACAGAUGAUUUUAUUAAGAAAUUAUACUUUCCCAUUUCCACUCGAUUCAAAAAUGUAAACGACAUUUACUGGUCUGGUCAGUGGUGAAUAAACUAUAUGAAUGGGAAUGUCGGGACUGAAAACCGAAUGCUAUUGUUAUUAUUAUUGGAACCGGAUCGCUUACAUGUUCUGUCGAAUCGACGCCUGAUUUUUUUUUUUGGCUCAAUCGCGAUGGUGUCUGAUUUUUUUCUAAUAACAUUUCAGACCGACAACAUAAAGUGUAUAUCAUUCCGCCAAGGGAAUGGCUAAGGCUUGAUUUUUAUCUCAAAUUAUUACACAACUGAUGUAGUAAAAUAGUAUCUUAUGUUACUGCGAACAAAAAGGUUUGUUUUCGACCCAGGUGGUGAAAAUUGUCGUCAAAAACAAACCUUUUUGUUCCGAGUGACAUACACUACUUUUCAUUCAGGCUGGUCAAAAAGUUACAUUCCAGACAAAACAUAACAACAACACAACAACAAAUAAAUACUGCGGUAUAUCACUCACUCAUACUGGCGUGAGCAAUGGAAGCAAUCUACUUUAAUAUCCAAUUUCAUAUUAUUCAUAACGUGACGUGAGUGGAAACGAAAAGGUGAGAGAAAAAGUUGUUGUUUUGGCGCUCUAUCUGGUGAGAGAAUGUGACGUUUUUGGUCCGCCUGAAUGAAAACGUAUUUUCUUUAUGAGCUCUAUAAGUGUCCUGAGGGUGUUAAUGAGGAAUGAUGUUUAAGAGUCGAUUCGCCAAAGAUUCGAACAGUCGGGAUUCAAGCCUACAGCGAUCCCAACGAGCUAUGGCUCAAAUGAAUCGUCGUUCAAUUCUGAUAUAUUAUAAACUUUUUUCCCGAAAAUUUUUUGUUGUGCUGACAUGGCCCUUAGAAAAAUCUUCUCCGGAGUUGUCGUGAAAAUCGUUUUUUAUCAAUAGCUCCAACAUGCAAAAUGUGGAUAAUGUCAAAUUGUGUACGUUUAUGAAGGUCGAUGAGUUGAAUAUUAUUGACCAACAAAUGCCGAUGUUCGCACCCAGCCGCCACAACAAGUCAAAAUUCCAAAAUUUUACCUCAUCAAUUUUUUGAAAAUAGUAAAUCGAGCUCAAAGUUGUUAGACUUCACUUGUUGUGGCGGCUGGGUGGGCCGAACUUCGGCGUUUGUUGGUCAAUAAUAUUCAGCUCAUCGACCUUCAUAAACGUACACAAUAUGACAUUAUUCACAUCUCGCAUGUUGGAGUAAUUGA